AUGGCAUCUCCAGAAGCAUCCUCAUCGACAGCUCCCCCUGCUCCGGCUCCAGCUUCAGCCCCAGAGCCAACCAUCGUAGCUCCAGCGGGUAUGCCAGCGGACAAGUACGAAGCCAUUAAAGGAUAUCGAGCAAAAGUCAAAGAACAUUCGAGGAUGUCAGAAAACCUCAAACAAAUCCGAUUGAACAUACGAACCCUCUCCACGGAUUUCGAUAAGACAGAAGAUGAUAUCAAGGCAUUACAGUCUGUUGGACAGAUCAUCGGGGAGGUGUUGAAGCAGCUGGACGAAGAGAGAUUCAUCGUCAAAGCGUCAUCGGGACCCAGAUACGUGGUAUCUUACAGGCCUACUUUACCAUCUGCCAAGCUCAAAGCUGGUGUCAGAGUAUCACUUGACAUGACGACUUUAACAAUUAUGCGAAUCCUCCCUAGAGAGGUUGAUCCUAUGGUAUACAACAUGUCCCUCGAAGAUCCAGGUUCAGCAUCAUUCGCAGGUAUAGGUGGAUUAGGAGAUCAAGUAAGAGAGUUGAGGGAAGUUAUUGAGUUGCCUUUAAUGAAUCCUGAAUUGUUUGAGCGUGUCGGUAUAAACCCACCCAAAGGUGUAUUGCUGUACGGUCCACCAGGUACAGGUAAAACACUGUUAGCUAGAGCUGUAGCAGCUACGCUCAAUACCAACUUCUUGAAAGUCGUUUCUUCCGCUAUCGUCGAUAAAUAUAUCGGUGAAUCAGCUCGUCUUAUUCGAGAAAUGUUCGCCUACGCCAGAGAACAUGAACCCUGUGUUAUAUUUAUGGAUGAGAUUGAUGCCAUUGGAGGUAGACGAUUCAGUGAAGGUACCAGUGCCGAUCGAGAAAUCCAGAGGACGUUAAUGGAGCUGUUGAACCAAAUGGACGGAUUCGACUCCCUCGGCCGUACGAAGAUCAUCAUGGCUACCAACCGACCCGAUACCCUCGAUCCAGCACUGUUACGACCAGGUAGAUUAGAUCGUAAGAUUGAGAUUCCCUUACCUAACGAACAAGGACGAUUGGAGAUUUUGAAGAUUCACGCCAAAGGUAUAAAUAAAUCGGGUGAUAUUGAUUAUGAGGCGAUAGUCAAAUUGAGUGACGGGUUCAAUGGAGCGGAUUUGAGAAAUGUUUGCACAGAGGCCGGUUUAUUCGCAAUUCGAGAGGACAGAGAUGCGGUGGUUCAAGAAGAUUUCAUGAAAGCGGUUAGGAAGUUGAAUGAUGCUAAGAAGCAUGAGACCAAGAUGUGA